AUGGUAAAACUUCAGCUUUAUUCCAUUAUACUGGCACUAGUAGCUUCUGUAGCUGUAUCAAGCUCGAACGAUCAAAGUCUUCGCCGCACAGCGGAACAGAGCCACAGAAGGUUACCACAUCCACCUCAUCACCACAGCAGCAGCGGAAGCGGGGGAACUUCAGAUUAUUAUGGAUGCUUGGAUUUGAACACAACGGAACAGGCCCAAGUCUGGCCAGAUGGUCCUGGGUGUGAUUAUGGCAGUGGCAGUGGCAGUGGCAGUGGUGGCAACGGCACUGCGACAGGAGGUGGAGACUCCAGUGGCAAUGGCGAUGAUACAGUUACACAGUACGAAGUUGUGGACGAUGAUACCACAAGUAACCCCUACGAAGACUUCGUCAUUACGCAGUGCGAUACCUAUGAAAGCCUCUGGAGAUGGGAUCUCCAUAUGUCUUGUGGAGGCGAUAGCAGCAACUUGGACAGUUGCAACUGUACAUUCGCCGAAGAGCUCUUUGAUAAGGGUUUGCUCGUUUGUGAAGACAGAGACCAAUGCCCACGCAACUGCCCGAUUUGCUCGACCUGCCUAUCUGUGUUGGGGUGCCCUGAGACAGCUGGCCCCAUCGACCGACUUGCAACUUCUACAAUGAUCUACAUUAUCGUUGGGGCUGUUAUUCUACUAGUUGUUGCGCUGGCUGUGUUCCACUCGCGCAGACGCAGACAACAACAGCAUGAACUGAAACAGCACUUGAUCACAGAGGAUGAAUGUGAUGCAGAUGACGGAGGUGCCGGAAAUGCUGGCAGAUUUGAACCCCCAAAUGCUGAUGCUGGUACUAGCCCUGGUGCUGGUGCUGUUAUGGUUGCUGGAGGUGCCGCUGCUGGACCUUGGAAGGCAUCCAAAGAGACUGAUUCUGAAGCUGACACCGACGACUGUACUCGAUCCAUCGACGCGACACUUCCGACAGUUGAAGACUCAUCAGCAAUGCCCUUCGUGGCUAUGGCUGCUGCUGGAAUCGCCACUGUAAGAUCCGAGGAAGAGGAUGCGGGUCCCGAAGAUGAAAACGAAGAAACGGAAAACGUUGACACAUCUCCAAACGGCAACACUGAGUCGGCCAACGAAGACGACUCUGCCACAAUGGAAACCACAUCCUCGCCAUCUACAUCAGGUGAAGUUGGGGCAGUGCGUGAAGCAUUCCUUCAAUCACUUGAGGAGGAUGGGAAUGUUAAAGAUCAACAGGAAAAGAUUUCUAGUCCCGCAGCCCUCGGCGAAGAUGAUGUAGAAUCGCAACCACCAACCAACGGGUCAAUCAACUCACAUGAUCAAGAAGGAGAGCCACAACCAUCCACCAAUGAGAUUGGUGCCGAUAGCAGUGACGGUAACAAAACCAGCGAUAUCUCUCCAGAAGAAAGUUCUGAUGAAACCAGCAGUUAA